ACAUGUUAACACCUCACUCCAAAUCUGCUCAAUUCUCAUGCUAUCAACACUGCUGAGAGGAAACGUCUGGUCCAUGUCUCUAGGUGUGUUUGGCUUUGUCAAAGGAAAGGGCUCGAGCUUUGCACAAGAUGGACUGUGAAAUCCACAGACUGGUCUGAAAUAACUCUGCAUUGUGUUAUAGUUCAUUUGGCUUGGAGAGUGCUGAGGAGGCACCUGAGACGAGUCUUGUUUGAACUUGGCUGGCCACUCAUUGUAAUCCUCGAGCAUUACCACUUCUCUCUGAACCUCCUUUAGCCAUCGGCAUCCAUGUACAGCAGGUAUUCCCAGGUGUCCAAGUCCAGCCCGCAGAAGAAGAUGCAGUACCGCUCAAAGGGCAAGAGCUGCGGCUACUACAUGCGCAUAGUCUUCUUCUUCUCUUCGCUAAUUCAGUCUCUGAUCAUAGUUAGCCUUGUGCUCUUCCUGGUCUACGGUAAGACGCAGGACUCGGCGUCCACGACACGCAUCCAGGACCUGGAGGAGAGCUUCAGCCGGCUCUCCAUAGAGAAUGUGGCCCUGAGGCUGCAGAGGAAGAACCUGACCAACUUACUCAACACCACCCUGACAGAGAAGGCCCGCAACGACUGGGACCUGGUCAAACUCCGCCACUUCUCAAACAUCUCAUUGGUCCUUAUCCAAGAUUUGGACAAAGAGAUGCAAAAGUGCAAUAUUGAGCUGUUCUCAUGCAAGAACACCGCCCGAUGCCCAACCACAUUUCUGGUUACGGAUAACUGCAACUGUGGGCUGCUGACUGAACGACUGAAAGCCAGGCUUGAACUUGUGGAGUCCAACUUCACACAAACAACGCAGAGGUUGAGGAUGGAAAUGGACCAGACUGCCAAAGAGAGAGACACCAUUAGCUUGGAAGCCAUCCGUCUGCGGAGGGACAAAUCCACACAUGAAAAACAGGUGGAGUUCUUUAGGCAAAAAUGCAAAGAUGACUUUGCCCAGUCCUUGAGUGGCAUUUCCAAUGUCUCCAAGGCUUUCCUAGAGAAGAUCAGUUCCCUCUUCCCUACGCACAUUGCCUUCCAGCUCACCUGUCCAAAACAGAGGGAGCACCUGGAGCAGAUCCGCACCAAUUGCACCAGCUUGUCCAUGGAAGUGGAGGACAAGUUCCAGCGUUACCUGGAUAGUGUGGGAGGACAAGUGUCUGCCAUCCAAGCAGAAAGCAGCCGUCUAAAGGCAGAGAACUGGCGACUGUCUGACGACUACCGCUGGUGCACCACAAACCGCACAGGCCUGAUGCUGCAGCAUGGACAGAACUUAGCCAAGCUUCAGCAGAAACACGACGAGGACAAAGAGAGACUCCUGAUGGACAAGAUGAGGCUUAACGAAGACUUGAACAUCCUGAGACGCGAUGUCAAAUAUAAAAGUAAAGAGAUUGAUUACCUUACAGAGCAAAUCAAGCAGCUCAACCUGUCCUGCAUGCCUAAGACAGGUUGGGGUGGACUUCCAUCUCGGUCAGGCACACAGCCCCAGCCUGGUUGGGGCUUGGGUGGUGGAUCCAGCUCUGCCUCGUCCAGCUCUUCUUUUGGGGUUCAGCCUGGUAGGGCAGGGUCAGGGGGAUUGAGUUCAAGCUCAGGCUCAUUUCCGUCAGCAUUCAAUAAGCCAGGAUCGAACGGGGGUGGCUCUUCAAGUUCGUCCGUCUUGUCAUCCGGGUCAGGUAGCUCCACCGUGUCCGGAUUUAACAGGCCAGGACAAGGAACAGUUGGGGCAGGCUCUUCAGGUUCGUCCGUCUUGUCAUCCGGGUCAGGUAGCUCCACCGGGUCAGGAUUUAACAGGCCAGGACAAGGAUCAGUUGGGGCAGGCUCUUCAAGUUCGUCCGUCUUGUCAUCCGGGUCAGGUAGCUCCACUGGGUCAGGAGUUAAUAGGCUAGGACAAGGAUCAAUUGGGGCAGGUUCUUCAAGUUCGUCUGUCUUGUCACCUGGGUCAGGUAGCUCCACCGGGUCAGGGUUCAAUACAGGGGGAGGAUACCCAAGCAUUGGCUCAGUGUCAAAUCCAAAUCUUAGCUCGAGUGGGACAGGUUCCAAUAACCCAGCACAGAGUGGGAGAGGCUCUCUAACUUUUGGGUCCUCCUCUGGAUCAAGUGGGACAGGCUCAAAUAAACCAGCAUCUGGUUCUUUUCUUGGGUCAUCCUCUGGUUCUUCUGCUGGUGCAACUGGGGCGACUGGGGCGACUGGGGCAACGAGUAAAAGUGGGUCAGUCAACAGCCCAUUUACCUGGUUCGGGUUAGGUAACUCAGGACAAAGUAAGUCAGGAAGUGGAACAGGGAAAGCACCAUCAACUGGAAAUAGUUAUGGUGGAACUGGGUCAUCAUUUGGUGCAGGAAGAACGACUGGACUGGCAAGUGGCUCAGUCAGCGUCGCUCAGCACGUUAAAGAUCUGCAACGCAUCAUCAACCCCUCUGGCCCAGAGGAGAAACAAGAUCUCUCCAGAAUGUUGGGUUAGUCCACCUUAAUUAGAAAAGCCAAAGCUUAAAGGAGAUUUGUCUCUCACUGCAUCCAUGAAGCACAGCUCAAUACAAACUUCUUAUAUUGAGUUCUCAUAUUUGAUAUCAAUAAAUGUACCAUAUAUUA